UGCCAUGGUGGUCGGAUGCAAGACGCGUCUCGAGUCAAGCGGGGAGCAAGCCUAUCAUCUGACCCUACGAGGCGCAUUAUAGCGGGCAGCGCGUUAUCUUCUUAUCGUUCCCCUACGAUCGCGUGAGGUUCAGGGAGCCGGUGGGCUAAGGAGGAUGGAGAGGGCUCCAAAAAUAGACGGCGGUAUGUUAUGUCGGGGCGGGAUACGGGAUACGGCCUGCGGGGGGCGGCGGCAGGCACGACGAGCGGCGGCAAAAGGGAACGUGGAGUGAUCGGCGCCUCCUCUUGAUAGGCUAUAGCCUAUAGGACCUGGGUAUCCGGAGAGUAGUGGCCCGCCCGCUCCGGCAUUCUACCAUGGAAUCUCUCCUUCGCGAUCUCGUCGACAUCGAGUCGCUCACCGGCGACGAGGGGCGCGUUGGGGGGCGUCUCGCUAGCGUCCUCCGCGCGAAAGGGUUCACCGUAGAGCUUCUCCCCAUCGCCCCGAGUUCUCCGCGGGCGAACGUAUACGCAUACCUGGGGGACGUACGCAAGACACGGUGUCUGCUGACCACCCACAUCGAUACCGUCCCUCCCUUCAUUCCCUUCUCUGGGCCCGACGCAGAGGAGAAGGUCUACGGUCGGGGAACGUGCGACGCGAAGGGCGCCGCGGUCGCGAUGAUCGGGGCAGCGGAGCGCCUGAUUGCAGCGAAGGAGGUCAAGCCUGGCGAUCUCGCGCUUCUGUUCGUGGUCGGCGAAGAGGUUGAUGGCGUCGGCAUGAAGGCCGCGAGCGAGCUCGGCUUGCGAUGGGAGAGCAUCGCGUUCGGCGAGCCGACGGACAGCAAGCUGGCACUGGGACAUAAGGGUAUCCUGCUCCUAAGACUGCAGGCCGCAGGUCAUGCGUGCCAUAGCGGCUACCCCCACCUUGGUCACUCGGCAAACCACACGCUUGUGAUCCUCCUCGCCGACAUCUUGAAGCUCGAGUUCCCCCGUGAUCCCCUCCUCGGACCAUCCUCUGUAAACGUCGGCACUAUAUCCGGCGGCGAGGCUCCCAACAUCCUGUCCCCCUCCGCGAGCGCCGCCGUCUCGAUCCGCGUCUCCUGCGAGUUCGAUGCCGUCAAGCGCGAGACGCUCGCGUUGAUCGGCAGGCACCCAGAGGUCUCGUAUGAGAUCGUGGCAGAGUAUCCGCCUCCGAACAUCCAAUCCUCCGUACCCGGAUUCGACACAAUCAACGUCGGGUUCGGUACAGACAUCCCAUUCCUCAAGUACCACGACGGGCCUGAGGUUCGGAAGUACCUAUAUGGGCCGGGAAGUAUCUUCCUCGCCCACACCGCGAACGAGCACGUCGCGCUCGCCGAUCUGGAGGCGUGCGCCGACGGUUACAGGCGGCUAGUGCUCCAUUGUUUGUCGACCAUGCCGUGAUUAGCCUGUAGACCUGCUUGGUUGAAGAUAGGCGGGACUGCUGAAGCAUUGGGCCGCCCGGUCCGGGAGGCUAAACAAGGUGAUCGCAGCAACAAAGCACCUCGACCGCAGCGUAUCCGGGCUGCGCUAUCGGUGUAGUCUCAGUCGACGCUUGCAGCAAAGGGUCAUGCAGCCCUUGACAUAAGGAGUUCGAGCGCUUCUCGCGCGUCCUGGGGCGACCCCACAGCAGUACACGGCGAGAGACACGGUAGGUCUGUGUUUGAAGCGGCUGCUGCUCUGGUUCAGUCCUUCUCCGUUGAUUG